UAAAGGAAGUUGAGCGCUUGUUCAAGUCACUGCUCAGCUUUGUUCCUGGAAUUGUCCUCUUCUUCAGCUCAGAAUGAUUCUCAAGUCCAUCACAGAAAGCUUUGCCAGUGUCAUCCAUGGCCUAAAUAUACAGCACCUGACAGAUCGAGUCCUUCAGAGAAGUAAGAGGAUGAUCCUGGACACUCUGGGUGUUGGCCUACUGGGAACCAACACAGAAGUCUUCCACAAAACAGCACAAUAUAGUAAAAUCUACAGUAGUGACGCCUCCAGCUGCGUCUGGGGACAUCCAGAUCUCAGGCUCCCACCCACAUAUGCCGCUUUCGUAAAUGGAGUAGCUGUUCACUCAAUGGACUUUGAUGAUACAUGGCACCCUGCUACACAUCCUUCAGGGCCAGUACUUCCUGUCCUCUUGGCUUUAUCAGAAGUCUUACCUCAAAAUCCCAAGGUUUCUGGACUUGACCUGCUGCUGGCUUUCAAUGUUGGGAUUGAAGUACAAGGCCGAUUAAUGCAUUUCUCCAAGGAAGCCAGUGACAUACCGAAGAGAUUCCAUCCACCAAAAGUUGUGGGCACUUUGGGCAGCGCUGCUGCUGCAGCCAAGUUUUUAGGGCUUGAUCGAACAAAGUGCAGAGAGGCUAUGGCUAUUGCCGUUUCCUAUGCAGGGGCACCCAUGGCAAAUGCAGCCACACAGACCAAACCUCUCCACAUUGGCAACGCAGCCAGGCAUGGGUUAGAAGCUGCUUUCCUGGCUUUGCUGGGCCUUCAAGGGAACCAGAAGAUCUUGGACACAGAGGCAGGGUUUGGGGCCUUCUAUUCCAACUACACUCCACAAGCCCUACCAGCUUUAGAAUCUUACACUUUGCUGCUGGACCACCAAGAUAUAGCCACCAAGCGCUUCCCUGCCCACUUAGGAACACACUGGGUGGCAGAUGCAGCUGCUUCUGUGAGGAAGUACUUGCUCCCCACUGACAAGAUCGAAAGAAUUGUGCUUAGAAUCCCUGAUGUCAAAUACGUGAAUAGGCCUUUCCCAGUUUCAGAGCACGAAGCCCGGCACUCCUUCCAGUUCAUUGCCUGCGCUAUGUUACUUGAUGGUGGCAUCUCAGUCCAGUCAUUCCACAAGAGCCAGGUUGACAGGCCUCAGAUAAGGGAGCUGCUUGAUAAAGUAGUGUUGGAGUACCCUCCUGAUAAUCAGCCUAACUUUGAUACCCUCUACUGUGAGAUGAGCGUCACCCUUGAGAAUGGAAAUACCUUCACAGAACGCUGUGAUACUUUUUAUGGUCACUGGAGGAAACCACUGAAUCAGGAAGACUUAGAAGAAAAAUUUAGAGCCAAUUCUUCCACUGUGCUCCCCUCUGAGGCAGUAGAAGGCAUUAUAAAAACAGUGAACAGAUUAGAAGACAUAGAGAAUUGUUCUCUGUUAACCACAUUUUUAAGGGGGCCUUGUCUACCAAAGAAGACUUCAAAUUGUAUUCAGCAUGUACUCUCCCACCCAUAGCCUCUCUUGAUACUUCCAAAGGAUUGAAGGGUUUUGACACUUUGAAGAUUCAUAGGAUCAUAAAUUUAGAACUAGAAGGGCCCUUGGAGGUCAUUCAGUACAUUUUACAGAUAAGGAAACUGA